GUUUUUGGCGGGAAAUAAUGUAUGCAAAAUUGAAUCCCUAAAAAGGGCAUUUGAAUCGAACUCUCUUUUAUCAGUGUAAAUUAGAAAUCAAAAAGUUAGGGUUUUGAGUGGUGAGAAUGAAAGGCAGUGAGAGCGAGGCCGUGUUUAAUUCUCUGAAUCUGAACCCGCAACUUUUUAUCAACGAGGCUCUUAACACGGUCGACGAUUUGGUUGAUGACGCUUUCGAUUUCUACCAGCAGCAAGCUUCAACUCUUUUGAAAAUCGAGGGCACGGAUAGGUCUCAAGAUCUAAGCAAGGGUGUGGCUUACAUUCGCAAUAUGAUUCAAUCAUCUUUGGAUAAGCGGCUGGCUAUGUGGGAGAAGUAUUGCCUUCAUCACUGUUUUUCUGUUCCUGAAGGAUUUUCUUUACCCAAAACUUUUUCUUGCCAGAAUGAAUUGCCUGGUGAAAGUUCAAUCAGUGAAGAUGCAUUAUGUGAUCCAGAUCUGGAUGGACAGCUGAAUUCCUUAAGGGAUAAACUCAAUCUGGCUGGGAAGGAGUCUGUUGAGCUGAACCGAGAACUCCAAGCACUAGAAAGACAGUCUACUUCAAGUGAUCGCUGUGCUGGGCUUGCUAGUGAGGCAUUACAACUAUAUGAAGAAAAUUCUAUGCAGGACAUGCUUCAAGAGAUGAUGAAAAUGGCAUCGGAACUUCGUAUGAAAAUGGAUAGACUGAAGGUCAGAAGAAUAGAAGAUAGAGAACACAUUAGAACACAGAGAGCAUUCAAUCCAAAAGGAGAAUUGUGUAAAAUAAGUCACAGCAAAGGCCUCUACAAUGUUGAAUUACAAGAUCUUCAAGAAUUUGUAGAGGAACUAAAGAAUAUAUGAAAUUCGUAAAUUGUAUCUGGCUUGCAUUUGGCGAGUUCUGUAGUGCUUGCUGAUUACCAGUAAGUCUUCUAUCAUGUUGUUUACUUGAGUUGGCUUGUUAAUAAUUUAAUGUAAAAUUCUCUUGGUUGGAAUGUUGUCUGAUAUAAUAUUAUUGAUGCAUUAUGCAUUGUCUAUUAAACUAGAUCAGUUAAAAGAGAGAAAAAAUUGACUGAUGUUUUCAUAAUAUAUAAUGUAGUAGAGUGCUUUAAAUCA